AUGAUUGAUGAAUUAAAAAUACAAAAAGUGCUAACUGAAUUGCCAAAUGAAUUGCCAACUAAAUUGCCAAAUGAAUUCCCUAUUUAUGAAGGAAAAUCUUAAAUAAAUAUAAAUUUCAAAGCAAGAUGUUAUGCAAUGGCUAUCAAUUCUUCAAAUAAUUUACUUUUAGUUGGCUCUGGUUAUUACAUUAAAAUAUUUGGAAUAACUAAGAACUUUACCUAAAAUGAAUUAUAGGAUACAAAAGUGGAUGAUGAGAUUGUAUUUUGCCUUAAAUUUUUACCUAAAAGUUUGUCUUCUAAUUCAUUCAUCUCUGCUACGGAUAAAAUUAUUAUUUGGUAGGAAUAAAAUCUUAAAUGGCAUACUCAGUAAUAUUUGAUAGCAGAAAUGGAUAAAUCUCCAAUAAAAUGUUUAGUUAUUCAUCCUUAGGAAGAUCUUAUCAUAUGCGGCUCUUAAAAAUAUAUAUAAUUUUGGUAUAAAAAUCUACAUACACUCCAAGGUGCAUUAUAGAAUAAUUAAUAAGAGUGGAUUUGUGAAACAAAGAAAAAUUCUGAUACUUAAGGCUUAUCUAUCAACCAAAAUGGAGAUACAUUAAUAUCAUGUUCUUUCACAAAUGAAAUCAGAGUUUUUAAAGGAAGCAAUAGAUAAGAGUGGAUAGAAAUCAAAAAAAUGGAUACCAACUAUUAUGGUUUAAGAUUGUGUUUUAUUACAAAUGAUGUAAUGGCCUUUUAAGAACGAGAAUCUCGACCUCAUGAUAAAUUAAAUUUUUACUCUUUAAAUUCUUAAGAUGGGUAAGGUGAAGGUAUCAUUGAAGUUAAAGGUGGUUAAAAUUCUUGUAAUAGCUUAUUUCCUUUAAUUUAUGUUCCAUCUAAAUAAUUAAUUAUUGAUAAAAAUGGUUAUUUCAUAAAUAUUAUUAGAAUUGAAAAAGCGCCUUCUUAAAAAUAUCAAAUUAAACAAAUAUAGUAUAUUGGUUUAAACAAAGAAUACAUUUACGGUACAGCUAGUGAUGAUGGUAAUCUAUUAAUUUUUUGGAAUGAGGAAUAAUAUUAAGUUUAAGUAAGAAGAUAUAUUGAUUAGACAUGA